AUGGCGUCAGCUAGCAAGUCUGGCACUCCUCUACGAGUCAUCCAGGAUGUUCCAACGCGAUGGAACAGCUCCUUUCUGAUGCUCCAGCGCCUGAUUCACCUGAGGCUGCCAAUCAUGGCGGUUUUGGAAGACCCCGAGCUGACCAAGAGCUCCCAUCGGCACCUGCAGUUGAAGGACCACCAGUGGAAUCUCGCCAAGGAGAUAGUGGCAGCACUGGAGGCACCAGCAAAGGCUACCACUGUUCUUGGUGGGGAAACCUACUGUACACAGACGUUGGUGGUGCCGGUGGCCAAGUCUUUGCUACGUGGUCUUCGUACUGCGAAUGAGGAACUCUCGGCAUCGGCUGCGGAUUUCCGGAAAUCACUGGCAAUGGAAAUCGAGGUGAAGUUGUCCCUCGAUCCAUUUGACCCAAUCUCGCUGCCAUCUGUAUCUGCAGCACUGGAUCCCAGGUCACGGAGCCUCGGAUUCUUGGACAGUGACGAAGACAAGGACGAGUUGAAGUCAGAGAUUCAAGGGGGCAGCUCUGAUGACGAAUGUAUUCUGGAGCCACCUGCCAAGCGACCUAUGGAAGAGGACAUGUCGUUGUUCUUCGCGUGCCCUAGCGUCGAGCCAUCCACAACUUCAUCGGCAGCAUCGGAUUGUGAGGUGGAGGUAACCCAAUUCUUCACGGAGAAACAAGUAGGCUCAUCUGUGGACCCACUCGAUUGGUGGAGGACGAAUGCGGACAGGUUUCCCACCAUGGCAAGGUUGGCAAAGCGCGUGCUGUGCAUACCUGCCACCUCUGUGCCGUCGGAGCGAGUAUUUUCAGCGGCUGGCAUCAUUGUCAGCAAACUACGAGCAAGUCUAACGCACGAGAACGUUGAUGCACUCGUCUUCCUUCAUGCAAACAGUGGUCUUCAGGCAGCAAGAACUGCUGCCCCUGUGGCGGUCCAGCAGUUGAUGCCACGGCUUGAGAGGUUUGCAGAGGAAGAAGCCGAUGACUUGCCUCCUUUGCCUGACCUGUAG